AUGUGUGACAAAUAUGAAUAUGUAUUACCAUGGAUUAUCAUACGUCAAAUAGUAGAACAAGCAUGGCAUAGAUCAUCAAUAUGUACUUGUUAUUAUAGUGAAGAGGCUGUAAACAAGAUGAUUAAAAUGUCUAAUCACCAAGAUGCAAAGAACAAGAAUACAUUUCAGUACACUCAAAUGUGGUCACUGUAUCAACAACUAUUAGACGUACACAAAGAAGAUAGGAGGAAUUGUCCGAUGCACUCAUACCACUAUAUCAACAACUUGGAGGUAUCAACUACCAUCACCGAGCCAUUCAUGUCUACCCGUAACGACAAGAACAAGUGGAGACUAAAACUAUUACUUCUAUCAAAGAGAAUCAAUCAAUUCAUAUCGUUUAAUCUCCUGUGUCGUAUCAGAGUACCAUUUACAAACUCGACGUGGAGCCAUCUAAACAAUAAUGAACAUUGUCCAAUUAAAAGACCGACUCAUGUAAACGUGUUUAUGGAGAGUCAAAGAAAGAAUCGUACAAUGUUUCCCGAAACUAGAUCGUUCUUUAGUUCAACCGAGAAACUCACCAUUGAGAGAAUGAACUAUUCUCCUAGACUCCAAGAACUAGUAAAAGUCAUAUCAAUCUUUGCUGAUGUAAAGUCUUUGACGGUUAAGAAAUCAGUGUUUGGUGUACAACGAUUAUCAGCAUUCAAUAAUAUCACUAGUAUUAAUUUAUUGGAAAUGUCAGAGACACUUGGAUCCAUUUCAGGUCAGCAUAUUUUGGAUAACAUACCUGCUGGAGUGACCAAACUCUUAAUACCAUUCAAAUUAAAUACUGUUCAAGUGAAUCAACAUCAAGCUGAAACUAUUUUAGUCACCAACAUUGAUCCUCCCAAUCAACUAUUCAAUAUUCAUACACUCUAUACCGAUAAGUUGGAUCAUCCACCAAACUAUACUCUUCCAACUGUUAGAUCGGUAGUUGCAUUUCCACAGACCCACAUUGACAACCAGUUCUUUACCAGUACACCAAAUAUCAAGGCACUCAAAAUAGCAAGGUAUCACGUACUCCCUCAUAGUCACCAGAUAUCGGACUUUUAUAAACUUGGAAUUAAAAAGUUAGUCUUUUCUAAUCCCCUCGAAAUAACCUAUGAAACUAUCACUAGAUUUAAUAUCUCUGGUUACAAUUAUCAAGGUUCAACUUUUAAUGGUCAAUCAAAUCAAAGAAAAUAUCAUUUCACCUAUAAUAAUAAUAAUAAUAAUAAUAAUAAUAAUAAUAAUAAUAAUAAUAAUAAUAACAUAAUCUCGUCAUCCACAACUGAUGAUAAUAACAUUAAUUAUCAUCGUAAUGUUGAAAUCAUACAACCUUCUUCCUCACAACCAACUCUACCGUUUUAUAUAAUUGAAAAGAUUGUUAAAUUAUCUUGGACUAGUUAUAGGUGUAUUUGUACAUUUAGAAAAGAAGAUGAAACAAAACAAAAACACAUGAUAACAAGAGAAAUGGGAAAUAAUUUAAAAGAAUCAAAGUUUAAUUGUCCAGUUCAUCGGGAUAGGAAUGCAAACACCCUAAAAGAGACAUAUUCAAUUUCAAAUCUACAUGUUGAUAUUAAUCAAAGAAGAUAUGGAUUGUCAAUGGUAUGCAAGAGACUAUUCUCAUUUAUCUCUAUACAUAUCCCAUCUUCUGUUGUAAUCUCGAUAACAGAAGGAACUACAACAUCACAACAACAAGAAUUAAAGGAAACUCAUGACCAUUUUUCCAAUCAGUUCUGUUUGUUGGGAAAAUCAAUCGAGAAUCUUGUUAUUAUAUCACCGCUCAGGUGUAUUGAUCUUUUCAACAACAAUCCACACUACUCCAAUGUAAAGAAAUUGACAAUACUCAAACAAUUAAAUACCGGCUCACUACACCCACAAGUAAACUUUGGUCAACAUCCUAUACUCGCCAAUACCUAUUUACAAUCACUUCAGAGUGUAGAUAUUUCAAAAUGGAAUCUUGCCUAUCCCGAUGUAAUGGAGACUCUUAAAAAGAUUCCUCUUAAAAAGUUUUACUAUUACUGUGGUAAAGUAGACUUUAUAUUCUCCAAUGACUCUUCCACUCGACCAUGUAUACUAUUCUCUACAUUAGAGUCAGUAUCGAUUGGUAGCCUAAGCUUUAUCAACAAGUUGGAAGGACUCAAAAAGUUGAGACACCUUCGAAUUGUUUUAAACCCAGAUUGCCAAAUACCUCAUGUCUAUGAAGAUGAUCCACUUGCCAUCCAACUUCCACCAAGUAUCACAAAGAUUUCAUUCCAAGAGAGUAAAUUUGCAAGACUAUGUACUUUUAAUCCACAGAUACAAUAUAUCACACAACUAUAUCCACACAGCUAUGAAGAAAGACUUGGCAAGAGUAGAAAUGAGAUGAUGUAUUUUGUAGAACAAUAUCAAAUCAAAAAAGUUGUCAUUCAUUACAACUAUAAAACAACUUCCCAACUUCCCAUCCCCACUCCUCUUUUACCAACAACCGACAGUCAUUAUCAAUAUUAUGGUGCCUUUUUAAGAUCCUCUAGAAAAUUAUCUCAAUCUGAUAUAUUGGAUUCAGAUAAAGAUCAUAAAAAUCUAUUUAUAAAAUGGGUAUUUCUUUGUGAAAAAGAAGGAAGAAAUAAAUAA